AUGUACUCUCGUCAAACCACGCCGCCCUCGGCGACUUUUGCCUACAUCCCGGACAGUGCUCAAAGCCGCAACUCUUCAGAUGGCACCUACGUGUCCCACGACUCGUCACCUGACUCUGUCAACACCUCUUCCACUACUCCGCCGCGCUCCCCCAUCAGACAGCAUGGCCCUCUCCUCCUACCCAAGGUCAGACCGCAAGACCAAAUCACCGAGCCCACUGGUGGUCCAGUCAGACAUCGCCGGACGACGUCUAACACUAGCAUUGGAUACGCCUCAACCUUCAACCCAUAUUCGCGCCCACAAUCUUUAAUACGUCGCGCAACUAGCCCUCCUAACGACGGCGGCCUUGACUCUCCUGCCUCUACAGUGGCCUCUCCUUAUGACGUUGCCUUUCACUCAGCCCUUAAUUCCCCUAUUACCUUCACCCCUUCCUCCUCGCGUCGUCCCUCCAUGGUCGGCCAUGGACGGUCCCACUCUGCAUCCGCUAUUCGCGGCCAUGUUCGUUCUAGCUCCUCUGGAAGCGUCGAUGAGUCUGUUAUUGGGCGCUUUGGAUAUCCUACCUACCGUCAGAUGCCCAGCUACGUGACUGCUUCCAGCGCCGCACCACCAGCAUUGAAUCUCGUCACUGCGCUCCCAACCACAUACCCGUCGGAGGCUCAUGAAGUGUCUCAUAUGUCGCGGACUAUAUCGUCAGAGUAUUCAGUUACCGACUUUUCUCCUGCACCUGCUGUUCAGUACCCGCUUGCGGCUGAACUCCAGUACGAGAUGUUCACCCAGCCUACACAGACGACCACCCUUCUCGAGUAUCUGACCGGAUCCAACCCUUCUCCGGCUCUCGUCCGUCGCAUCGCUAGCGCCCCUCGCGGCAUCCAUACCCACUUCUGGUGGGACAUCCGCAACCUCCGCAGCUGGACCGACUUCAACAUCGACACCAUCAGCGCCGUCCCGGGCUUCCUCUCCCUCCUCACCAUCGACGUCCCCUCAACCGCCCUUCCCACUCCCGCCCGCCCCAACAUGCAACCCGAAACCGAGUCCCAGCUCCACGACCUCUGCCGCGACCACUACGCCGCCAAAGUCAACGCCGCGCUCAAAGUCUCCCAAGGCAACACGCACAUGAUGAUGCGCGCGACGCCCUCCCCGCCCGGCUCGCGCCAACAGCCCGAGUUCAUCUCCAACUACCAAUCCGACUACGAAAAGACUAUCUUCGGCGACGGUCGCGGGCGCGUCGUAGGCCUCGUCAAGGCCUACGACCAGUGGAACACGGGCAUGCGCUCCGAGGCGCCCAACAAGCAGGUCUACUACCUGCAAGGGCUCGCGCACCUGCACCGCGUCAUGCGCGAGCACGGCUGCCGCUACGGCUUCAUCCUGACUGAAAUCGAGCUACUCGUCGUGCGCUGCGGCGGGCCGUCGUCGGCGACGACGCCCGACCCGACCACCGUCAACGCCAACGCCGCCGUGCCCAUCUUCGGCUACCUGGAGCUCAGCGCGCCCAUCCGCCUCAGCACGCACGGCGCCCACCCGGACUCGGGCGCGCUGCAGAUGACGGCCGGGCUGGCGCUGUGGUACCUGCACAUGCUGGCUAAGGAGAACCCGCUGCCCGGCAUGUCGGGCAGCUGGCGCAUGGACGUCGGCGGGCCGGCGGCGCUGAGCCGCCAGAACUGCCUGGAGAAGGACGCGUGGGUGCCCAAGCCGAAUCUGUCGGAGAAGCGCGAGGCGAAGCGCGUGAGGGGGUGGGUGAUGCCUGAGGAGCCGCUGAGUCGCAAGGAGUGUGGGAGGGGGAAGAGGGCGCGGUCGAGGGGGUAGAGAUUGCCCACGACGACUUUGGGGUGUAUAGGAGAUUGGAAAAAGGCAAGAAAAAGGAAGGGGGUUUGGUUGUAAUCAGCGCGAUACUGGCGCGAUAGAGGGGUGUGCAUCGGAGCUGCUGGCCCAGCUUCACAGGCGUUUCUUGUCUUGGUUUUUUUUUUCUUUUGUCAUUACGGUCAUGCAUAAAAAGGGUGUUUGGGAUAGCAUUUAUCUGGCGCUUUGGAGGGUUCUUAGUUGCAUUUUUUGUUCUUUUAGCAGCAUUUGUUAGCGAGGAGGGCGGAUGCUGGAUUCGAUAUCCCAUCCUGAAUUGCAUCUACUGGAGCUUAGAAUCAAUAACAGCUAGUACAACACC